CUGCCGUCGUUGGUGGUGUCACCGGUCAUGACGGUACCUAUGACAAAAGACUCUAAUAAUUGAUGUCAAAUCUUGAUCGCCUGUAUAUGUACUUGACGGUGUAGCACGCUCGUGAAUCAAUCAUGCACUAUCAUUGUUCAUAUGCAUUUCGAUCAGCAUCCAUCGUUUCUGUGAUAAGGUUUGGCUAGAUAUAUGGCAUUGCCCCUUCAAAACCUUAUGCUUCCUUAUUCCUUCGGCGAUGAACCUAAUUAUGAUGAGCGCUUCAAGAAUUAGUGUUGUUCAUGCUUUGGUCAAGGGUAUUUGGCUCAUGUCAGAGGUCUCUCCUUUCUCCCACCUACUUCUUGCACCCUCACUUCGUUCGCAGUAAUUAACCAUUCGUGAUGUGUGACUCGGGAGACCAUAGGCCAGAUCCUUCUCCAGAAACCUGCGAAGUAAUUGUUCGCGAAAGCUCGAACCAACCCCGUAGUCAAGUUAAGCAGGCUGUGCGGAAAUUUGCGAAAGGCGUCACCAAGAAACUUUCUAAACGCUUCAAGUGUUCCCGUAAGCGUACUCCUGCGAUCCAAAAUGUCGAACUUCAAGAUGCUUCGUCGAAUCAGAAUAUCAGGGUCAACCAAGGCACAUCCGGAGAACCUGCUUCGAAGCUCGACAUCCCCUCUGGCGUAGAGGAAGGCAUUGGUUCCAAAUCAGUUGACGCUGAACUUCAGGGUGCCCACGAGACUUCAGAACACAUGCAAACACUCGGGGGACCUGCGCAAUCUGUGACAUCCGCCGCCAACAAUGCCCAAGCAGGUCUCACUGCUGCAGAUGAUUUCCAGACUAAUUACCUCCAACCCCUGAAAAUUUUUGACACUGUCAUUGAAAAGAUCGCAAAUGUACAUCCAUAUGCAAAGAUGGCGUUGGGCAUACUUUCUGCUGCAGCUAAAAUUGUUCUUGCUCAAGCGGAACGCGAUGAAUCGGUGCAUCGUCUUCUCCAGAAAUUAGAUGAAGUUUUUGGCUUCGUUACCCAAGAUGAUAAUCUUUCCAAGGUUGAAUCGAUGCAUGAUGUCAUCGGAAAGAUCGCUCAGCAGACUCUCGAGUGUGCCCGUUUCAUCAGGGAUUACUCGAAGACAAAGAGCUUCUGGAAGAGAGUUGGUAAAAACAUCGUUGCAGAAACGGAUGAUAUCAUCGCACGGUACAACAACGCCCUGGAUGAACUUAUGCAACAAUUUCGGGAUCGAGCUCAUCGGGACGUAGCUAUAUUUGUCCAGUUUGCGGGUGAAACACUCGAUCUUGGCGGCAUGACUUAUGCUGCGGGUGCGGGACUAGAUACUGCGAAACAAUGUCUGCCAGGUACUCGCAUGGAGAUUCUCUCCCAAAUCACCGAGUGGAUCAACAGCAGCGGAGAUUCUGUUCCGCGUGUAAUGUGGCUAUCCGGCCCUGCAGGCAAGGGCAAAUCAGCCAUCGCGCACACGAUUGCCAACUGGUUCGAGGAAACGGGAGGCCUUGGUUCAUGUUUUUGUUUCGAUCGGCAUAGAGAAGCAGACCGUCGUCAUGAAAAGAUUUUCUCUACCAUCGCGCGCGAUCUUGCUGAUCGUGAUCCGGGAAUGAAACGAGCGUUAGCGGACGUAGUCAAGAAUGCAAACUCACUCAAGAAUACGACGGACAUCAUCCAGCAGUGGCGCAAGCUUCUCAUAGAACCGCUAAAGAAGCUCUCUGCGUCAAGUGUGGGGCCCGUUUUGAUAGUGAUCGAAGCACUAGAUGAGAGUGGUGGAGUGGAGACACGGCGUAACCUCCUCCGCAUACUUGCCGGUAGACUUCAAGACAAAGGGCUUCCCCAAAUCAAUGAACUCCCUUCCAACUUUCGUAUUCUCGUCACCUCUCGCCCCCUUCAUGACAUCGAAAAGGAGUUUGAAGGUGUUAAUCAUAUUCUACCCUUGUCCAUGGACAAGAUUCCAGCAGAAGUAGCGGAGUCCGACAUCCAUGCUUUUGUAUCUGACAAGCUAAAAGGUCUGCCGCAUUUUGGGCGCCAAGAGUUUGCAGACCUCGCUGCGAAAGCUGAUGGACUUUUCGAGUGGGCACGUCUUGCAUGCGAAUACAUUACGGAAGAGCUUCCCGGCUUAUCCCCAACGGACUGUUUCAAUGCUGUCGUGAAUCGCAAUCCUGGGGAGCGGAAAAACUUGUUGUAUGAUAUGUAUCGACUCAUCUUAACAGAAAUCAUGCCAAAGGAUAAGUACACAACGGCUCAUUACGAGCAAGCAGUAGCGAAGUUUCGUUCUGUGAUGGGACAAAUACUUGCCACAGCCGAACCCCUCCCUUUAGCUUCACUGAAUGCUAUGCGGCAGCAUUUCCCGGAGGACCACGACCUUUACGAAGUAGACGUAGUGGUAAAGCGCAUGGGAUCCCUCCUCAGCGGCACUACCGACUCACAUACCCCCGUCCGACCCCUUCAUGCGACCUUUCAAGAAUUCCUCACGGACAAAUCAUCCAGCGGAGACUUCUUCGUCCAGAGAACGAAGGCGCAACAACGCAACCUUGCAUUCGCGUCACUGCGAGUGAUGAUGGCCCGAAAAGAUGGCCUUCGCUUCAACAUCUGUGAUUUGAAAUCGUCGUACCUCCCUAAUUCCCAGGAUACAGAACUGCCUCAACGAGUCAAAACAUCCAUUCUCCCACUUCUCUCCUAUUCCUGUCGAUAUUGGGCCACACAUGUUCAAAUAACAGACUUUGACGAUAAACUAGCAAAGGAAAUAAAAUUACUCUCCGACAAUGAGCGACUGAUGUUCUGGAUUGAAUCACUCGGACUUCUCAAUGCAAUCAGCGGUGCCGUUACUGUGCUUGCACUCGUUGCCAAGUGGCUGAAGGGUCAUCCUGGAUACGAAGAACUGCGGUCCAGCAUGAUGGAUGUACAAAGAUUCAUUCAAGUGUUUGGCGGCAUGAUUUUGCACAGCACGCCACAUCUGUAUGUAUCAGCGCUCCCAUUCUCGCCCGUCAAUUCCAUCAUGGCUACCAAAUUUACGAGAAGAUUUCCAAACAACCUUCGUCUGGUAUCUGGCCGUGAUUUGAACUGGACGGUUGUUCAGGCCGUAAUCAAUGGGCACACUGCACCGGUUUUUUCAGUCUCGUUCUCGCCGGAUGGUACUCGCAUCACGUCUGGUUCGCGCGAUAACACUGUGCAGCUGUGGGAUGCAAGGACGGGACAGCCAUUAGGUGAGCCCUUGGAGGGGCACACUGGAGAAGUUUGGUCAGUCUCGUCCUCGCCGGAUGGUACUCGCAUCGUGUCUGGCUCGUACGAUAACACUGUGCGGCUGUGGGAUGCAGGGACGGGACAGACAUUAGGUGGGCCCUUGGAGGGGCACACUGGAGCAGUUUUGUCAGUCUCGUUCUCGCCAGAUGGUACUCGCAUCGCGUCUGGUUCGUACGAUGGCACUGUGCGGCUGUGGGAUGCAGGGACGGGACGGCCAUUAGGUGAGCCUUCGGAGGGGCACACUGGAGCAGUUUCGUCAGUCUCGUUCUCGCCGGAUGGUACUCGCAUCGCGUCUGGCUCGUACGAUAACACUGUGCGGCUGUGGGAUGCAGGGACGGGACGGCCAUUGGGUGAGCCCUUGGAGGGGCACACUGGAGCGGUUUCGUCGGUCUCGUUCUCGCCGGAUGGUACUCGCAUCGCGUCUGGUUCGCACGAUAACAGUGCGGCUUCUCGUUCUCGCCGGAUGGUACUCGCGUCUGGUUCGUACGAUGACACUGUGCGGCUGUGGGAUGCAGCGACGGGACAGCCAUCUCCUGGGUCAAGAGAGCCAGAUUCCUCUUCAUCUCCGCUGCAUCAAAGCAUCGCACCUCCCGCCCAAGAAAGCCGUAUCAUGCCAACCAACACUUGUAACAAUCGCAUCAUUUCCUUUUCGUCCAGCCAGGAACACGCUCUGCCCAACCCCGCUGACUUGCUCGAACCUACCUCUCAUCUUGAUUCUAAUUCAACUCCUUUCUUGCUGCAGGGUGAUGGAUGGGUGAUGGGACCCAAGCAUCGGCUCCUUUUCUGGAUACCUCCCGCUUCCCAACAUGCAUUUUAUACUCCUUUGACUUCAAUGGUGAUACCCAGAGGACAUCCUGAGCUUGAUUUGAGCCGCAUGGCACAUGGGACGCAUUGGUCGAGUUGCCGAGAUGUCUCCACCUGACGAUAAUUCUAUUGUUGUAAUACUGAGUGUACCAUUUGAUUUUUUGUCAAUUUUAUACCUAGCACCGAG